ACAGCACCAGCAGCCAUGGCCGACUCAGCAGCAAACGGCACCCCGAACGGCAACGGCCGGACGGUGCCUGUUGCCAACGGCAGCGCCUCGUAUGCCGAGAAGCACAACAUCGCAGACCACUUCAUUGGCGGCAACCGGUUGGAGAAUGCCCCCGCCAGCAAGGUCAAGGACUUUGUGGCCGAGCACGACGGUCACACGGUCAUUACAAAUGUCCUCAUUGCCAACAACGGUAUCGCCGCCGUCAAGGAGAUUCGAUCGGUCCGGAAAUGGGCCUACGAGACGUUUGGCGACGAGAGGGCCAUCCACUUCACCGUCAUGGCCACGCCCGAAGAUUUACAGGCCAACGCCGACUACAUCCGAAUGGCGGACCACUACGUCGAGGUGCCCGGCGGCACGAACAACCACAACUAUGCCAACGUCGAGCUGAUUGUCGACAUUGCCGAGCGCAUGGACGUCCACGCCGUCUGGGCCGGAUGGGGCCACGCCUCCGAAAACCCCAAGCUCCCCGAGUCCCUCGCCGCUUCACCCAAGAAGAUCGUCUUCAUCGGUCCUCCCGGUUCCGCCAUGCGAUCACUUGGUGACAAAAUCUCCUCCACAAUCGUCGCCCAGCACGCCAAGGUGCCCUGCAUUCCCUGGUCUGGAACGGGCGUCGACAGCGUCGAGAUCGAUGACAAGGGCAUCGUCACCGUCGCCGACGACGUCUACGCCAAGGGCUGCGUCUCCUCAUGGCAGGAGGGCUUGGAGAAGGCAAAGGAGAUUGGCUUCCCCGUCAUGGUCAAGGCCUCCGAGGGUGGUGGUGGCAAGGGUAUCCGAAAGGUCACCAACGAGGACGAGUUCGAGGCCCUGUACAAGGCCGCCGCCAGCGAGAUUCCCGGCUCGCCCAUCUUCAUCAUGAAGCUGGCUGGAAACGCCAGGCAUCUGGAGGUCCAGCUGCUCGCUGAUCAGUACGGCAACAACAUCUCCCUGUUCGGCCGUGACUGUUCCGUCCAGCGUCGCCACCAGAAGAUUAUCGAGGAGGCCCCCGUCACCAUCGCCAAGCCCGAUACCUUCAAGGCCAUGGAGGAGGCCGCCGUCCGACUGGGCCAGCUGGUCGGCUACGUCUCCGCCGGUACCGUCGAGUACCUGUACUCGCACGCCGACGACAAGUUCUACUUCCUCGAGUUGAACCCCCGUCUCCAGGUCGAGCAUCCCACCACCGAAAUGGUUAGCGGCGUCAACCUGCCGGCCGCCCAGCUCCAGAUUGCCAUGGGUAUUCCCCUGCACCGAAUUCGCGACAUUCGCCUGCUCUACGGCGUGGAUCCCCGGACGUCGAACCCCAUCGACUUCGACUUCAAGCUGGAGGGCACCGCCGGCUCCCAGCGCCGACCCCAGCCCAAGGGCCACUGCACCGCCUGCCGUAUCACCUCCGAGGACCCCGGUGAGGGCUUCAAGCCGUCCAACGGUGUCAUGCACGAGCUCAACUUCCGAAGUAGCUCAAACGCAUGGGGCUACUUCUCCGUCGGUACCCAGGGUGGUAUUCACAGCUUCUCCGACAGUCAGUUCGGUCACAUUUUCGCCUACGGCGAGAACCGACAGGCCUCGCGGAAACACAUGGUCAUUGCUCUCAAGGAGCUCAGCAUUCGUGGUGACUUCAGGACCACGGUCGAGUAUCUCAUCAAGCUGCUCGAGACCGAGGCCUUUGAGGAGAACACAAUCUCCACCGGCUGGCUGGACGAGCUCAUCUCCAAGCGCCUGACUGCUGAGCGUCCCGACACCAUGCUGGCUGUUGUGUGCGGUGCCAUCACCAAGGCACACAUCAAGAGCGAGGCUCUCUUGGCCGAGUACCGCGCCGGUCUGGAGAAGGGCCAGGUGCCCUCCAAGGAGAUCCUCAAGACCGUCUUCACCAUCGACUUCAUCUACGAGGGUUUCCGAUACAAGUUCACCGCCACCCGCGCCAGUCUCGACACCUACCACCUCUUCAUCAACGGCUCCAAGUGCUCUGUCGGCGUCCGUGCCCUCAGCGACGGUGGUCUGCUCAUCCUUCUCGACGGUCACAGCCACAACGUCUACUGGAAGGAGGAGGUUGGCGCUACUCGUCUCUCCGUCGACAGCAAGACAUGCUUGCUCGAGCAGGAGAACGAUCCCACCCAACUGCGAACACCCAGUCCCGGUAAGCUCGUCAAGUACUCCGUCGAGAACGGUUCCCACAUCAAGGCUGGCCAGACCUUUGCCGAGGUCGAGGUCAUGAAGAUGUACAUGCCCCUCGUCGCGCAGGAAGACGGUAUCGUCCAGCUCAUCAAGCAGCCCGGAGCUACCCUCGAGGCCGGUGACAUUCUCGGUAUCCUUGCUCUGGACGACCCCAGCCGCGUCAAGCAGGCCCAGGCCUUCGUUGGCCAGCUUCCUGCCUAUGGCGACCCGGUGGUUGUCGGCACCAAGCCCGCUCAGCGCUUCGCCCUCUACCACAAUGUGCUGGUCAACAUCCUCAACGGCUUCGACAACUCGGUCAUCAUGGCCGACACCCUCAAGAAGCUCAUUGAGGUGCUCCGCGACCCCGAGCUGCCCUACAGCGAAUGGAACGCUCAGUUCGCGGCACUGCACGCCCGCAUGCCCCAGAAGCUCGACAGCCAGUUCACCCAGAUUGUGGACCGAGCCAGAGGCCGCAACGGUGAAUUCCCCGCCAGGGCCCUUAGCAAGGCGUUCAGCAAGUUCCUCGAGGAGAAUGUGGAGCCGAGCGAUGCUGCCAUGCUCAAGACCACCCUCGCGCCCCUCACUCAGGUGCUUGACAAUUACGCCGAGGGCCAAAAGGUUCGGGAGCUCAACGUCAUCAACGGCCUCCUCGAGGCCUACUGGGAGGUCGAGAAGCUGUUCCAGAGCCGAGCCCAGGAAGAUAGCGUCAUCCUGAAGCUCCGAGACCAGAACAAGGAUUCUCUGGCCAAGGUUGUGCAGAUCGUGCUCUCGCACAGCCGUGUCAGCUCCAAGAACUCCCUCAUCCUGGCUAUCCUUGACGAGUACCGCCCCAACAAGCCCAACGUUGGAAACAUCAACAAGUACCUGCGUGAAUCGCUGCGAAAGUUGACCGAGCUGUCUUCCCGCGCCACCUCCAAGGUCUCGCUCAAGGCGCGUGAGAUUAUGAUCCAGUGUUCUCUACCUUCCCUCGAGGAGCGCACGUCCCAGAUGGAGCACAUCCUGCGAUCAUCUGUUGUCGAGUCCCGCUACGGCGAGAGCGGCUGGGACCACCGUGAGCCCAGCCUCGACGUGAUCAAGGAGGUCGUCGACUCCAAGUACACCGUCUUCGAUGUGCUGACCUCCUUCUUCGCGCACGAUGAUCCCUGGGUCUCAUUGGCCGCCCUCGAGGUCUACGUCCGUCGUGCUUACCGUGCUUACGUUCUCCAGCAGAUUGAGUACCACAACGACGAGUCUGAUAACCCGCUCUACCUCUCCUGGGACUUCCGGCUGCGAAAGAUUGGACACACCGAGUUCGGUGUCCCCAUUGAGUCUGCCGCUCCUUCUACCCCCGGCACCCCGAUCGAGUCUGAGCCCAACGUCAAGCGUAUCAACUCCAUCAGCGACAUGUCUUACCUCACCAGCAAGUGGGACAAAGGCCCGUCCCGCAAGGGUAUCAUUGUCCCCGUCAAGUACAUUGACGAUGCCGAGGACAUGCUCCAGAAGGCCUUGGAGACGUUGACGUUCUACAACCAGCAGAGGAGGCAGAGCAACACUUCUGGUCUCCUGGCCGAUCUGAGUGGCAAGCGAAAGCCCUUCGCCGCUCUCCGAAAGGAAUUCCAGAGCCGCAACAACGGUGAUGAGCUGUCUGCCGUCAUCAACGUGGCUGUUCGGGAUGCCGAGAGCAGGGACGAUGCCGAAAUUCUCUCACGCAUCCUCCCCAUUGUCCAGCAGCUCAAGAGCGAGCUCCUGGUCCGUGGUGUUCGCCGCCUGACCUUCAUCUGUGGCCAUAGCGACUGCUCUUACCCCGGCUACUACACGUUCCGAGGCCCCGACUACGAGGAAGACGACAGCAUCCGUCACAGCGAGCCUGCCUUGUCCUUCCAGCUGGAGCUCGCCCGCCUUGCCAACUUCCGCAUCAAGCCCAUGUUCACCGAAAACAAGAACAUCCACGUGUACGAGGCUGUUGGCAAGACUGUCGAGUCUGACAAGCGCUACUUCACGCGUGCCGUGAUCCGACCCGGCCGCCUCCGCGACGAGAUCCCCACUGCCGAGUACCUCAUCUCAGAGGCUGACCGAGUCAUCAACGACAUCUUCGACGCCCUCGAGAUUAUCGGCAACAACAACUCUGAUCUCAACCACAUCUUCAUGAACUUCACUCCCGUCUUCCAGCUGGACCCUGCUACUGUCGAGCAGUCCCUGCAAGGCUUCCUGGAUCGCUUCGGCGCCCGUGCCUGGCGACUGCGUGUUGCUCAGGUGGAGAUCCGCAUCGUUUGCACCGAUCCCAAGUCGGGCAUCCCGUACCCUCUCCGUGUCACCAUCACCAACACGUCCGGCUACGUCGUCGACGUCGACCUGUACGCCGAGCGCAAGUCCGACAAGGGUGACUGGGUCUUCCACAGCAUUGGCGGAACCAAGGACAAGGGCCCUCUGCACCUGCUGCCCGUCUCCACGCCUUAUGCUACCAAGAACUGGCUCCAGCCCAAGCGUUACAAGGCCCACCUGAUGGGCACGCAGUACGUCUAUGACUUCCCCGAGCUGUUCCGCCAGGCCAUCCAGAACAGCUGGGUCAAGGCUGUCAAGAAGCAGCCUGCUCUGGCGUCGCAGCAGCCCAAGGUCGGUGAUUGUAUUACCUUUACCGAGCUGGUGCUCGACGACAAGGACAACCUCGACGAGGUCAACCGCGAGCCCGGCACCAACACCUGCGGCAUGGUUGGAUGGAUCAUCAAGGCCAGGACCCCGGAGUACCCUGCCGGCCGCCGCUUCAUCAUUGUUGCCAACGACAUCACCUACAACAUUGGAUCCUUUGGCCCUAAGGAAGAUGAUUUCUUCUACAAGUGCACGCAGCUGGCUCGCAAGCUCGGCAUUCCUCGCAUCUACCUGUCUGCCAACUCUGGUGCCCGCUUGGGUCUCGCCAACGAGCUGAUGCCUCACUUCAAGGUCGCCUGGAACGAUGCUUCCAAGCCCGAGGCUGGCUUCCGCUACCUCUACCUGGAUGAGAAGACCAAGGAGCUCUUCAAGGACGAUGUCAUUACCGAGGAAGUGGUUGAGGAUGGCGAGAAGCGAUACAAGAUUGUCACCAUUAUCGGACGGGAAGAUGGUCUCGGUGUCGAGUGCUUGAGGGGAUCCGGUCUCAUUGCCGGUGCCACCAGCCAGGCCUACAACGACAUCUUUACCAUUACCCUGGUCACCUGCAGAUCAGUCGGUAUCGGUGCCUACCUGGUCCGUCUCGGCCAGCGUGCUGUCCAGAUCGAAGGCCAGCCCAUUAUCCUGACUGGUGCCCCCGCCAUCAACAACCUGCUCGGUCGUGAGGUGUACUCCUCUAACCUGCAACUCGGUGGCACUCAGAUCAUGUACCGCAACGGUGUCUCACACAUGACUGCUAACGAUGACUUUGAGGGCGUCUCCAAGAUUGUUGAGUGGAUGGCGUUUGUGCCCGAGAAGCGCGGCGGCCCCGUCCCCGUCAGCCCUAGCCUUGACGGUUGGGACCGCGACAUCACCUACUGCCCGCCCCAGAGGCAGCCCUACGAUGUGCGGUGGAUGAUUGCCGGUAAGCAGGACGACGACGGUUCUUUCCAGACCGGUCUGUUCGACAAGGACUCGUUCGUCGAGGCCCUUGGCGGCUGGGCCCGAACUGUCGUGGUCGGUCGCGCUCGUCUUGGCGGAAUUCCCAUGGGUGUCAUCGCCGUCGAGACUCGCAGCGUUGAGAACAUCACGCCUGCCGAUCCCGCCAACCCGGACUCUAUCGAGCAGAUUACCAACGAGGCUGGUGGUGUCUGGUACCCCAACUCUGCGUUCAAGACUGCCCAGGCCAUCAACGACUUCAACAACGGCGAACAGCUUCCUCUCAUGAUCCUGGCCAACUGGCGUGGUUUCUCCGGCGGUCAGCGCGACAUGUACAACGAGGUACUCAAGUACGGUUCGUUCAUUGUUGACGCCUUGGUCAAGUACGAGCAGCCCAUCUUUGUGUACAUUCCUCCCUUUGGCGAGCUUCGUGGUGGUUCUUGGGUCGUCGUCGAUCCUAGCAUCAACCCUACUGCCAUGGAGAUGUACGCCGACACGGAGGCUCGCGGUGGUGUCCUUGAGCCCGAUGGCAUGAUUGGUAUCAAGUACCGCAAGGACAAGCAGCUGGAGACCAUGGCCCGUCUGGAUCCCACGUACGCCGAGCUCAAGAAGAAGCUUCAGGACAAGACUUUGUCUGCUGAGGAUAUGGAGAAGGUCAAGCAGCAGCUUUCGAUCCGCGAGAAGCAGCUGCUGCCCAUCUACUCGCAGAUUGCUGUGCAGUUUGCCGAUCUCCACGACCGAGCCGGCCGCAUGAAGGCCAAGGGGGUCAUUCGCGACUCCCUGGACUGGGUCAACGCUCGCCGAUACUUCUACUGGCGCCUGCGCAGACGUCUCAACGAGGAGUACAUCCUGAAGCGCAUGAACCCCAGCUUCCUGCCUCCUCCCGCGCUGAACACCGCCAAGGCUAAGGAGGCUCGCGCCCAGGGCCUGAAGCUGCUGGAGAGCUGGUCUGGCAUUGCCGGCUGGGACCGCAAGGACCAGCAGGUUGCCGAGUGGUACGAGAAGGAGGCUCAGUCGAUUGGCCAAAAGGUGGAGGCCCUCAAGGCUGAUAAGCUGGCUGCAGAGGUGUCCGAGGUUGUUCGCAGCAACGAGAAGGCUGGCUGGAAGGGUAUCCGCGAGAUUUUGCGCGUGAUGCCUGUGGAGGAGCGGGACGCUGUUCUCAAGUAUCUCAAGGAGUAAAUGCAAGGGUAUACAUCUAAUAAAGGAUAGAGGGAAGAGGGGGACUUGAUUUGGGAGCGGGUGUACGGUUAUGGUUCAUGGUUUAAUGAAUUUUAUUACAAUGUUUCUUA